AUGUCAAAGAUUUAUGUCGGGCAACUGGCAUAUGAUGCUAGACAAGAUGAAGUAGAACAAUUCUUUUCGAAAUAUGGUAGAAUAUCAGAAGUUCAAUUAAAGAAAGGUUUUUGUUUUGUUGAAUUUUCGGAUUCAAGUUCAGCCGAUGAUGCCAUCUCUUCAACCAAUCAUACUACAUUUUUGGGUAAAGAGAUCCUAGUCGAAAAGAGCCAUGCCGGUCCAGGUGCCAUUCCAUUCAAAAAUCCUGGUGAAGGAAAAUGUUUCAAUUGUCGUCAAGAAGGUCAUUGGGCAAAGGAGUGUCCUGAAAAAGAUCGUGGUGAGAGAAGAUACGACCGAUCACGUUCAAGAUCAAGAGACAGAGACAGAGAUAGAUACAGCUCGAGAUCAAGAAGAAAUAGAUCAAGAGAAAGAGACAGAUCUAGAGACAGAGAUAGAUCAAGAGACAGGGAUAGAGACAGAUCUAGAGACAGAGGAGGAGACAGAGAUAGAUCUAGAGAUAGAGGAGGUGACAGAGAUAGAUCAAGAGACAGGGAUAGAAAUAGAGAUAGAAGCAAAAACCAUUCACGCGACAGAUCAAGAGAUAGAGAUAGAAAUAGAGACAGAUCAAGAGAUAGAGAUAGAUCAAAAGAAAGGGAUAGAUCAAGAGAUAAAUCCAGAGAUAGAUCUAGAGAUAAAUCAAGAGACAAGGAUAGAGAUAGAUCUAGAGAUGAUAGACAAAGAGAACGUGAAAGAUCAAAUUCCCCUGUUAAAAUGUACGAUCAAUUGAAAUCAAUUAAAUUCGAGGAUAAUAAUCAAUCAAGUUAUAAUGAUUUCGAUAGAUUGUAUUAUAUAUUGGAUAUUGUACUAGUUAAAAACAAUACAAGAGCAUUGACAUUUAUGCUUGACUUUGUUAAACUUGCAAAUAGUACUUCGUCUUCUUCUUCUUUACCUAGUAUAGAUUAUACUUUACAAAAGGAUCAUGGUGCAAUAUUACAAAAUGAUAAAUCUUAUAAAUUGACAGUAGAGACUGUCAAGAUUCUAUUGGAUAGUGGUAUAAAGAUAACUAAUCCAAAUUAUCUAACGGCAAUGAUAGAAUCAUUAAUAUCAAAUGGUCAAUUAGAGAUAUUAAAGCAGAGAAUAACAAAGGGACACUACCAAUGUUGUAAUCAAUUGAAACAACAAUGUCUAAGGGAUUUAUUUCUUCUCCACGAAGAUUUGGACCUGAUACUAGAUAUUAUUAAAAUCAGCCACCAAAAUCAUUUGUUACUAGAUGAUGAUUGGAAACUGAUUAUUCAUCUAUCAAAGACAAACAAGAUCGGUUCAGUCCUUGACUAUAUCCAAACACAACUAAAGAUGGAUAUCACUCAAUUGACAAGAUUCGAUUACAAGGUUUCCAAGUUAUCAGUUGACAGAUCUGCACCUGACACUUAUUUAUCGUAUUAUCAAGCACCGAUAUCUGCUGAUUUGGUAGGCAACAUGGAAUUAAAUCAAUUCGAUAGAAUGCGAUUAUAUUUUGCAGCUAUUCUACAAAACAACCAAGUUGUACUACAGCAAUGCCAAGACUUCUUUGCUGCCAACACACCAAUCGCUAUGCUCACCGGUGAAUACUCUGUAUUUAAAAGAGAUGCGUGUAGACUUGGGUUCAUGCCAAUCGUCAGAAUAUUGUUUAGCAACAGUCCUUUCUACCCUUCAUUUGUCCUCACGGCAAUUGAACACAACCAAGUGGAUGUCGUUGCUUAUUUACUAGAGGUUGGAGGAACACAAGUUGGAGGAAAACACUUUGUCAGUGAUACCAAAAUAUUUAUUGACUGUCUUUUAGUGAUAGACAUGUCCGAUGAAAUGUUUGAUUGUUUGUGGACUAGCUUUGAUUCCAAAACAAAAACAAAUGGUAAAACUCUCUCAAUUGCUUGUGUCGAUGGAUAUGAUAAUAAUAGUCGUGCUCUAUCAUUUAUGCUUGGUUAUGUAAAAGAGAAAAGCCCCCAAUCACCAAUACAUAUAGACGACUUGGCAUCAAAACAUUUUGACCGAGAUCAAACAAAAUAUAGAUUCUCUGUAGAGACUACCAACAUUCUAUUGAGUGAUGUAGUUGAAAGAAUCACAGACUAUUAUUACAUAAAGGCCAUCAUUGAAUCGAUGAUAUCAAACUGUGAGUUGGAAGCAAUCAUGACAAAUAUUCCUCACCAUCAAUUGUCAGACAAAACGCCAUUCGAUCAACAAUGUAUCUCUAAUCUAAUGAAUAAUAAGAAUCAAAGCAAGGUGUUGGAUUUUCUCAAAUGGAUGCACAAUAUUGGAUUUUUGGAGUUGGAGAUCAAUCAAAUACAACAUCAAGUUUGUUUUUCAAUCAAACAAGCUGAUUCCUCACCCUUAUCGAUCAAGAAAAAUAAAGUGGUAGUGGUUCGGGGUCCUGAAGAAUAUACUUUGUUUCUAGUCAAGAUAAAAAACAAUAACUUUCAACUUUCAUUGGAAGAUAUGAUAAGACUGUAUUUUGGUGGAUUAUUACUCUACGAUGAACAAGUAAUAGAGAAAUGUAAACUUUAUUUCUCCAACCAUCAAUCAAUAUCAGUUCAAGUACCUAGAUUGACAUUGGAAAAAUUUCGAAAUGAUUCAUGUCUAUUUGGAUUAUUACCAAUUGUCAAACUACUACUUUCAAAAGUUAAAAGAAAAUUCUUGGCUACUCCAUUGGCUGGUGCAAUUGAAAAUAAUCAUUUAGAGGUGGUCAGGUAUUUAUUGAAUAUGGAUGCCACCAUUUCUUUUUCUACCAACUUUUUUGUGAAAUGUUUUUCAUUGGCAAACAUGUCAGAUGAAAUGUUUAACUAUCUAUCGACAGAGUUUAAUUCACAAGAGUGCAAGAAAAUGGUAUCAAGUUGCAUUUUAAACCUACUUGCCAAUUAUUCUUCGGUACCAAUCAUCACCAAACAUAUUGAUCGAUUAUAUAACCAUCAUCAAGCUCAUUUCUAUCAAGAUAUCGGUCCAAGUUCAACUCAUCAUCGUCAUUAUUCCAAACCCAAAUUAUCAUUUCCAAAACAUCUACUUUUAAUAGAGUACUAUUUUUCUAGUGGUAGACUUGAAAGUGAUAUUUCAAAAGAUAUUUAA